GGAAGGUGCUUCGCUUCAAGUGCUACAGCGAACAUGCGGCAUGCCUGUCUACAAGCAGCGGUGCCAGUGGCCGUACUCCUUUGCUCCUCGGACUGGUCUAGCGCUUUCAUCGCGCAAGCUCCGGCCGCUGCUGCUAGCAGCAGCGGUUGCUCGUCUACGUCAACCUGCUCUGGUGCAAUAAGGCAACCGCAGCAGGGCAGGCAGGCGACGGUUCUGCACCACCUCGACUGGAGACAUCGCCCCGGGAGAAGUGCGCAGCACGUGGUGUUUUUGGAACGCGCGGACCGCGACAAGGCCUUCGAGUUGCUGGAGACCUACAUCGAGCGGGAGAGCGACGCCGGAGAGCGGGAGGACUACGACCGCAUCCGAGGGCUCGUGCCACAUAUGAGGAAACGCUUGUGGAAGGCGUCCUCCAGAGAGCAGGAGGAUGCAACGGAACAGUUGGGCAUGGACGAUUUCCAGUUCGCGACGAAGGAGUACAUUCCCAACCUGACGUCGCGUCCGUGGUGGGAGCCAGAGGUGUUUCCGUGGGCGCAGCAGCUGGAGGAAGCAAGCCCAAUCAUCCAGGAGGAGUACCGGGCGCUCCGAGCCCAAGAAGCCUCAGAUUCUCAGUUUAAGAACAGCAAAGAGGGAGGCUACACCAGCCAGGGUUGGACGCACAUCCCUCUCGUCAACGCCAGGGAACCGGCAGAGAUGUACGAGGCCCAGCGUGCUCACUUCCCCAAGACUCUCAAGAUAUUGGAAGAUCUUGGUAUCCUCAGAAAUGCGCGAGCGGUGUUGAUCGGGCGACAGCAACCGAUGUCAGGCAUUAAAACGCACAGCGACGGAUCGAACGUGAUCAUCACCUGUCAUCUGGGCUUGGACGUUCCAGGCGACGAGGAAUGCCUCAUGUGGGUAGGGGUCAACAUGGAGAGCCGGGCGUGGCGCAACAACAAGCUUCUCUGCACGGACACGAGCUACCUCCACUGGACUCGAAAUAACACCGAGAAGGAACGAAUAAUCCUCCUGGUGAUGGUGUGGCACCCAGACAUCACACCAAAGGAGCAGAGAGUGCUCGAGUACUUGGACAGCCUCAUUAGAAGCGCUGCCGCGGGGAAACCGUUGCCGCUUCAGCCGCCGAACCUCGUGGAAGGCGGCGUGUGAUGGGCCCACCGGACGUUCGUCUAUCUGGCUGGUUACUGUACAUGGCGCCGGUUGUAAAUAUCUUUGUUUUGGUGGUUCGCUUGGCGCGUUAGUUAGUGAACAAGGUGUGGCUGCCGGAAAGUUGAUUGUUUGGUGGCAAAAAAGACGGGUGCUUGCCCGUCAGUUGACGACAUCUGCCGUGGACAAUUGUGUAAACUCUCUGAGGAGAAAGCGGUGCAGCAGUAGUAUGCAUGGCCUCAGAUUUCACGAGGCGAUGUAGAAGGUUUGUCCGCUGCGUCUCGGGAAACGGUCGCGAGGCGCGGAACGCCAUACCUCACAAAUUUGCGUACGCCAGGAUCCGUUCGAAAGACCGUUUCCGAACGAGUAAAACGUUCCACCGAAGCAAGGCCUGCGUCGUUAUUGUCAUUGUCGCCGU